AAAAGCAUCGUAAGCCUAAGUUGAUCGUAGCUCCAUUGCCACCAAUGGCGCUACGAUCAACUUAGGCAUACAAUGCUUUUGGGAAACGCUACCCAGGUUUUGACAAGUGUAAGAUUUACAGUGUACUCUUACUAUGUUGUUGAACAGAGAGCACUAGCCAAGGCCAGUAAUGUUAGCUGAUCUAACUGAAUAUACUGUAGACGAAUAAUGUAGAGGAAUUUUUAAAAUGUGCGUUUAUUAAAAAUAGCUUGGUUUAUUUUGCUUUUACACGCUUUAGAUAGUAGACAAAAGAGUUUCUUUUAAAAGACAGCAGGCUUUGCAAGAGUGUUUUUGUGGAUGGUAAUGUGGGUGAGUGUACAUAGUUUAAUAGUUAAAGGGACAUUUCACAACGCUUUGUACAAAUAUUGAAAAAAGCCUUUUUACAAACAUGUUUCUCGUCAUGCUACUGCUCUUAUUCAAGUUCAAACCCUUCUGAACAUACAGUGAACAUCAGGAAAUCAGUCUUUUUAAAGUGGUCUUGUGUUUAUUGAUGUGUGCAGGCCUCUGUGUGUGUGCAUAUGUGUGAGAGAGAGCACUUGUUCAGUGAGGGUCUGCUUUGUUUGUUCUAUGUCCAUGUGUGUGACUGAACCCCCCCCCCCCCAUUUGUUUAUCACGCUGUGUUCAGAGCAGAAAAUGAGGCGCAAGGCACGCAGAGUCUUGUCCAAAUGUUCGACUAGCAGUAGAUAACAGGAAAAGCAGAGUUUACAGGCCACACAGUCUGUUUACAUGGCUGAAGCCAUGCUUCCGAAAUCAUUAGAGAGUCCGGCCAGAGCCAGGCAGCCCCAAACUAAACAGAAAGCCCAUCUACGUCUGCUAUGAUAUUCUGCUUGGAGAUAUUCAAGCACGGACAUCAUGUUGACAAUGAAAAAGGUGGAGGAGGAAAACGGAAAGGAAGAAGUAAAAAAUGGAGGGAGAUUCUUCGUUUUCCUCAUAUCAGUCAGUGCACAGAAUUGAGCAAAACCAUCGAGCGGGACUACUUCAGCCUGUGUGAGAAGCAGCCCAUCGGAAGACUUCUGUUCCGCCUCUACUGUGAGACCCGACCAGAGAUGCAGCGAUGCAUCCAACUUCUGGACGCCAUGGAGGACUACGAGGUGACACCCGAUGAGAAGAGGAAGAGUCGAGGAGAUGAGAUCAUCAAGAAAUUUCUCACCAAGCAGUCCUCUGAGUGUGUGGAUGUUGCUGAAGGUCUUGCUGAAAGUUGCAGAGAAAAUCUAGAACUGAGUCCCUGCAAGGAGAUCUUCAGUGACUGUCGCAAAGCUCUUCAUGACUACUUAAGUAGUGCUCCAUUCUCUGACUAUCAGAACAGUAUGUACUUCGACCGCUUCCUCCAAUGGAAAAUGCUGGAAAGGCAGUCUAUCACAAAAGACACAUUUCGGCAGUAUAGAGUUCUGGGGAAAGGAGGCUUUGGAGAGGUGUGUGCAUGCCAGGUGAGAGCCACAGGUAAAAUGUAUGCCUGCAAAAAGCUUGAGAAGAAAAGGAUAAAGAAGAGAAAGGGGGAGGCCAUGGCUCUAAAUGAGAAACAGAUUCUGGAGAAGGUCAACAGCAGGUUUGUGGUUAGUUUAGCGUACGCAUAUGAGACCAAAGAUGCCCUGUGUCUGGUGCUGACCAUAAUGAACGGUGGUGAUCUGAAGUUUCACAUCUAUAACAUGGGAACCCCGGGCUUUGAGAAGGAGCGUGUGCAGUUCUAUGGCGCCGAGAUCUGCUGCGGUCUAGAACACCUGCACAGAGAGUCUAUCGUCUACAGGGAUUUAAAACCAGAGAAUAUACUUUUAGAUGAUAAUGGUCAUAUCCGGAUCUCAGACCUGGGGCUGGCCAUUAAAGUGCCUGAUGGAGAACAGAUCCGUGGUCGAGUGGGGACUGUGGGCUACAUGGCUCCAGAGGUGAUCAAUAACGAGCGGUAUAGCAUGAGUCCGGACUGGUGGGGGUUGGGCUGUCUGAUCUAUGAGAUGACCGCUGGCCGAUCGCCUUUCCGCGCUCGCAAAGAGCGAGUGAAGAGGGAAGAAGUGGAGAAGAGGGUGCAGGAGGAGGAAGAGGAGUACAGCGACAAGUUUUCAGAAGACACCAAAGCCAUCUGCAGGAUGCUGUUAGCCAAAGAUCCCAAGCAGAGGCUCGGCUGCCAGGCGGAUGGAGCUGCUGGAGUCAAAGCCCACCCAUUCUUUAAGAACAUCAACUUCAAGAGGCUAGAGGCCGGCAUUCUGGAACCUUCCUUUGUGCCUGAUCCCAGGGCGGUCUACUGUAAAGAUGUUCUGGACAUUGAGCAGUUCUCCACCGUUAAGGGUGUCAACCUGGACCAAACAGACAAUGAUUUCUACUCCAAGUUUGCCACUGGCAGUGUCUCCAUCCCAUGGCAAAAUGAGAUGAUCGAGACAGAGUGCUUCAGCGACCUUAAUGUAUUCGGGCCUCAGGGGACACGGCCCCCUGACCUGGAUUGGAACCAGCCUCCCGAGCCGCCUCGGCGUAGCCUGCUGGACAGGAUCUUUAGGAGACAUCAUCCAGAGGUGACCAUCGCUCAAAGCCGGGUCUCGUCUUCCAGUGUCAACUCUGUUGACUCCAUGUCAAACUCUGCCCCCUAGUGGACAGAUCGCUGCUGGACUGCAGGGAACAAAAGCGAGUGAGCGAUAAAGAGAGGAAAGAAUACGAGUGAAGAACUCCUCCUGCCCUUUAAAGACCAGUCGACAGAGCGUGGAAGAGUCUGUUUUCCUUGCCUUGGCCCUCACUACCCAUCCACGGCCCGCUGAGAGGACAGGAGAAAAAACAAACUCCUGUUUAAAGACCUUUAUUUAUCCGUUUUGUGACCGAAAGGAGAACAUUUAUUCCUUCACCUCACGCUCCCUCAGGAUUGCUGGAACAGUAAAGAGCCACUGACAAUGACAGAAUAUUAACUCAUAUUAUUCAGGGGAUUUUAUCGACAAAGAGAGGCCUCCACAGGGAAUGGGAAGGGGGCUUUUUAAAUGUUCUUUUGCAAAGGAAAGCUAAUAUAGUGAACUUAAGAGACUACACACUCACUCACAAACACACGCACACUCUCGAUUCCUCCUCCAUCCCUCUCUCGCUAUACCUACCUAUCUACCCCUUUUUUCUUUCCGUCUACAUGUAACACCUCCAACCUCAACCCAAAAUGUGCAUUGCCUUGCAUUCUCUCAGGCCAAAGAGCUUAUUACAGGAAGACACGUAUUUGAGUAACCGUUGCCAUAUUUCGCUGCAGAGAGUGACGAAAGGCCUAAAAGCACAAGGAAAUAGGAGCUCAUUUUAGCUGUAUACGUUUUCCUUCCCUGUCAUCUGCAAAUUAUGUGAAAUCACUGAAAAACAAACUCAAUUUGGCAGCUUCAGCCUCUUCCAGUCCACUUAAGACCAGCGUCCGUUUUCUAAAAUCUCAUCUGCUCCAUUUGUCGGACACUACGUGGUCUACAAACAUAAGCUAAAAGUAUCUCUGUAUGAUCAGUUUCUUUGUGCGUAAAGGCCAUUGACCAUAGUGAAAGGCGGAGCCAUCUCAGUGGACGUGGUCUUUGGGUUGGUAGGCCACCUACCAGCAGACACAUAGCCAAUCACAGCACAAUAAAUCAGUCAGGGAGUACUUCUCAUCUCAUCACAUUAUUCAUAAGUGGCUCAUUUACCCGAUUUACAGAAAAUAUAUGAUAAAAGGUGAUUAAUUCAGCUUUCAUAGGCAAUUUGGCAUUGAAUCAGAGGAUGUUGCUGGACUCUUCAAUCUGAGCUACUGUGAGAUUUUGCUGAUGUGGAAAAGAGUUUAAAAAUGUGCUAAAUUUGUAUCACGGCAGCUCCAAGGGGAGACGGAAUUGACCAUGUAAUAAUAAUACAUCUACAGUACACAGUCAAGCGUUUUCACUUUUUAGGACAACAAAACAGUUUUCUUCCAGAUUCCGUAUGUAAAUAUGCCUUCAUUUAAUCAGAUUUCAACCACUAAUAGACUGAAACUGGCACCACUUCACUUCAGCCUUUAUGCACACACACAAUACACCAGACUCAUGAAGUUUCAUACCUCAGCAGAUGUUUUCUCAUACUUAUGCAGUUUCCAUUCAGAUGCCAAUUGGUAGAAAGACAUUUCAUUCAUCUUCCCCAACUGUAAAUGUACUCAUUUAAAAAGUGUCCAGGAUUUCAGUUGUAUAGACAUCAUGGGAAUCCAGAACACACUGGCCUAAAAAUACAUUUAUAUCCCAUGCAUAGAGAAUACAUGAUAGUUUUGUAGUGUUCAAAUGUUUCUUUAAAUAAAUGGAUAGUUUAUCAGUAACCAAAUGGAGCGACUCAAGAAGGAACAGAAUAUGAAUCUCGACCUCAUAAUCUUGCAUUUACAAUACCAUUCCAAGGGUUUUUUUAUGCCUCAAAGUUCAAUAGCGAAUCUCAAGACAAAUCAAGUGUAUUAAAAUGACGACUUGAAGCUAUUUCACGAGUACGUAUGCUAAGUGCCAUGUCAUUUCCAAUCAUUAAACUGAUGUGUGUUUACCAAAUUAUGGAUCAGUUAUGCCAUUAAUUUACCAUGCUAGAAAUUUCAUCUGAAGGGUUUAAAAUGAAAAAAAGUGUAUACUUAGUGCAGGUUCUAACAUUUCAAACUUCUUCUCGUCUGAAAUGUGUGUAAUAACUGGUUAUUGCACUGUAUUAUGACAUGUUACAUAAAUUGCACUGCACUCUGCAUGGUCAAUCAACUAUUCAUCGAGCGGGACCAAUGUGUCUGUUAACGCUUUAGGGGUCUGAUCUCUGUGUAUACUAGUGCCAUGCUGUUGUUCAUUGUGGUGACACUUUAUACGCCACAUAGUUGUGAUGAUUCAUGGUCACUUUCAUGUGAAAUUCAGAAAAGAUUCAUGUUAAUGCAUUUCUCCUAUUUUUAAAAAUUGUGACCAAUGUUGAUUUGGAAGUACUUUAUUUACCAUUACAGGGAAUAUUCAUCACUUUUGCCACUUGUGUAUCUAAAUUGGGUUAGUUAUUAUAAAACUUGAUUAACAUGAUACUCCAGCAACUGAGAGUCGUGUUACUGACUUUACAGUGAUUUUGAAUCAGACUUUUCCCCAAAUAUGCAUAGAUAAAGUGCAUAUUAUUUUUGUAUUAGUUCAUUAAGUGUUUCUUGCACUCUUUAUCAUUAAGAGGGACUGAUGUAAACUGAUAUUAUGUUAUAUCAGCAAGUAGAUGUUGAUUUGGUCUAUGGAAACAUAAGGGAAAGGUUUGCCACUUUUUUAAUUUUAUUUAGAGUUUUCUAAAUGGACGGGAAAGCUUUGAGUCACAGUAAAUUAUUUCUGUAAUUUAAACAAAAGGGUUGUAAAUUGAAGGCCUGAUGGUUUAAACUUCAAACCUAUAGGUUUAUAUUUCUACAGUAUCCUCUGAAGUAAUUUAACAGCUGUGAAGUUUAGAAAAAUGAACCUUUCCUCAGACUAGGAGUUAAUGCUUUGCUUAUGUAUACUUUCUGUUUGUCCUCCAUACAACAAUGUGACGAAUGAACUGGUGGUGACGUGUAAUUGCUGCAUAAAAGGGAACUUUGCCUUUAAAACAAUGACCAAACUAAAAGGGAACUGAAGUGAUGUUUAUUUGGAGAGUAAAAACUAGAGAAAUUAGAGAAGACAAGAUUUUGAGGACAUGGCUCCUUUUGGAUUCAUUUUUUGUAUAAGUCAUGAAGUGAGUUUUAAUUACAUUCUAGAGAAAAAAAAAACCCAAUGAAGUGCCUCCUUUUUAGUAGUCUAGUCCAGGUUAGUGCCCAUGAUACGGUUUGCACUUUGUGUGUCACUUCAGUCAUUCACACAAUGUAAACAUGCACACGCACAAACACACACACACACACACAUUUUAAAGAGAGGUGUUGUACUACGCUGACUGCAUGUGAAGCCAAACCUGACAGUCCUUCUGAAUAAAACCUGUGCUGGCCUGAACAUAACUGUGUAGUUCUUUUAGAAAUGUGAAUGUGUUUGUAUUAUGAUAACAUACGUGAUUAUCAUGAACGAUAAAUAAACAUAAAACUGAAUAAUAAA